UGAAACGUAAAUACCUGUCCUACUGUCAGUCUGAUUAUGAAAUUGAUAGACGUUCUCAAUUUUACAUUGGUUUUUGAAUGCAGUCUUGCGUUGCGUCUGCUAAAAUGGCGGCCGCCGAGAUUCAGGUCGUGAAUCCUGCAAAUUUAGCUAAAAUAGAAAGUUUUCUCAAUGAUCCAAGCUACAAAGAAAUCAUAGAAAACUCGUCAACGUUUAACUCUCGACUAUGUGCGGAAAGGAGAAUGCGUAUGCCGUUCAUCGACACCCAAACCGGUGUCGCACAAAGCCACUGCAAUCUGUUUAUGACGAAAAAGCAACGCAUGCCGGGACUGAAAGAGGGACAGGUGUACUCAUAUCCAUCACAAAGGUGGCGGAAAGCCAGGCGGCAGUACCUCUCAGUGUCAUCGACCCGGUGGGGCUGGAGCAGAGUGGACAACCCCAACGACACCAUCGGCGAAGGGGAGAACAGUUCUGGUAUCCCCACCGAGGCGCUUGCUGCUGAAGACAGCAGGGACGGCUCACAGACUGCUGCUGUUAAAGAUGAUCCUAAGGAAUGGUUCUACGACGAGCUGGCCAUAGAAGAGAUGGAGACAGGCGAGGAACCGGACCCAGAGUCGGACGAGGACUACUAUGACGACACGUACGCCAACAGACGCAAGAAGCGGGGCGGCUCCACCCCCAGCGGGCCGGGCUCGCGAGGUGGCAGGACCAGGAAGAGUGCCGCUCCAGUUGAUGAAGGGACCCCGAAGAGGGGCCGUGCUGGCCGCGGGAGGAAACGAGCCAACCAGGGCGCGACCCUACCCUACGAAGUGCCUGGCGAAGGAGAGAAGCCCUACGCCUGCGAACUGUGCGGCGCCAAGUACAAGACGCGGCCGGGGCUGACGUACCACUACACGCACACGCACAAGGAGGGCGGCGGGGGCUCCGACGGGGACUCGCGCGACUCGCGCGCGGGGGCCCCCACGCCGCCCGCGCAGCACGAGUACCAGGACAGCUAUGUCACCUUCUUGAACAAGCCUGCUGCAGCAACAACAACAACGGGAGCCGCAGCCGCCCCCGGCACCCCCGCCCCGGCCCCCGCGCCGCCCCCGCGCCGGCCCUCGCCGCCGCCGCGCCCCGCCUCCGCCGACACAUCGUCCUCCGACUCGGCCACGGCCCCGCUCGUGCCGAGAGCCCCCGAGCCCAGUGAGCCUGGUGUGGCUAAACCGCCUGCCGCUGGUGGUGGUAAUAAGGCAUCGCCGUCACCAUACUGCGACUUCUGCCUCGGCGACGACCGCGAGAACAAGAAGACCUUCACGCCAGAACAGCUGGUGAGCUGCUCGGACUGCGGCCGCUCAGGGCACCCCACGUGCCUGCAGUUCACGGUGAACAUGAUCGUGUCGGUGCGCAAGUACCGCUGGCAGUGCAUCGAGUGCAAGUGCUGCUCCGUGUGCGGCACCAGCGACAACGACGACCAGCUGCUAUUCUGCGACGACUGCGACCGCGGCUACCACAUGUACUGCCUGGCGCCGCCGCUGCACGCGCCGCCCGAGGGCUCGUGGUCCUGCGCGCUCUGCCUGGCCGAGUUCCACACAGAUACCAGCAAGCGCUAGUGAAGGUACUCUAAUACUGUACAUUUUAUUUUUAAAGGCUACAACCGAAACUUGUAAAAGUAAGCCCAGAAUUUACUUUAUCCAAUUGACAUAAUAUUGAUCGAAACGCAAUUUUUCAUAAGAAUAAGAACAUUUUUGUUUACAGUCACCAUAAUCAAACCAAAAUUUCGAAAUUAACAUCGAGCAGUCUAUGCAAAUUAAAUAUUUUGUCCUACUUUUAAUCAUAUUUCGGUUGAAGUUACUUAUCAUAAGAUCAAGUUUACCUUAUCGUUGUUAAGAUUCGACAUUGCUUGUAUAAAAACGCUUUACUGAAGUAUUGACAUUCAUUCCAUUUUAAUGUAUUGUGGAGUACAUAAUAUUUAUGUCGCAGGCAUCUGGUUUAAUCUCCUUUUUGAUUGAACCACUAGCCCGUUCAUUGGAUGGCGCUAUUCAUUUGUAUGACUAAAGGACAACUCGUCAAGUC